AUGGACUAUUCAAAAGGCUUGGAUCCACUUGUAUCCAAACAACAUCUACUAUAUCACUCGUUUUCUCCAUUGGUUUCCCUACAAUCUACACAUAAUGUUGAUUUAUUCUUUCAAUCAGUAUUAAAUCGCAAUGAUUCGAUAUCAACUUUACAAGUUUUCAAACCAUUUGGUAAUAAUAUUAAGUAUUUCAUUCCUAAUCAACAAUUUAAAAUCACCAACACUCAACUCAUAACAAAGAGUCAUGAUUAUUUCCCAAUUAGAUUUGAAUCCACAAUGCCAGAAAUACUAUCGGUGGCAACUGCCCAACAACAGCAAAGGAGGAGUCACGAUGGUGUUAGUGCUUCUAGCAGAGACCCGGAUUCAUCGUCUAGCGGAUCAUUGGGAAAUACACCAAGCUCUAUAUUGCAUGAAGUUCCACAAUUGGAACAAUUAUUUAGCAUAUCUUCUUUAGAACAAUAUUUGCGGUAUGCUGCCAAAGAUAAAACUAAUAAUAAAGAUUUGUACUUGACUUUUUUUGACAAAGUCAUUACGUCAAACAGACCAACGGCAUUUGAAACCUUUAAUCAUCCAGUGGCACAAGUGUUUGUUAUUGAUUAUGAGAAUGAUACAAUAGAUGAUUUACGCAAAUUAAUUGUUGAGUUUAGAAACUACAAUUUCCCCAAAUAUUUUCAAAUUGAUGAUUUAUUAAUGCAUGUGUUUGUGGUUUUUGAUUCAGCAAAGUACAAACCUACUGAAUUAUCAGGAUUUCAACAUAGUAUCAGGCUGAAGUUGAACAUUGAAUCAACUUUACUUGCUAUAAAGUCGGAUUCCGGGGAUGAAGAACAAGUGUCGUUAUCGUUAGUUGAAAAUUGCACAAUUGAAGAACAUUUACAACGACUUUCACUUAAAGAGGCAAGUUCCACUUUCACGAUGCCUAUUUCCAUUGAUACAUCUAUAAAGUUUGGAGUAAAUACCUUUAUCAACAAGUAUCUAAUACCACAUAUGCAGAAUAAAUUACGAAUCUGGGAUGACCAAGUGUUACAACCCAAAAAGUCAAUAACAGGGAGAUUCUUUUCAGCAUCUCGGAAACUAUUCAACAAUAGUGAUUCAAACUUGCUUUCGUCAACAUCGACUACAUCUACGGGCUCUUCACAUCCUUCAUUCAACCAUCGUGAAAAUCAAUACUAUAAAUCAUCACCUGAACAAAUGACGAGAAAACUCGCAGAUUGGUCAUUAAUGCUUAAAGAUUUCAAGUAUGCAUAUUCAACUUAUGAUAUUGUACGCAAAGAUUAUAGUAACGAACGAGCAUGGCUUUAUGUUGCAUCGACACAGGAAAUGUGCAUUGUUUCACUAUUAUUACAACAUACUACAAACUCCACUACUCCGCCGGAUAAAAACACAUUACGUCGAAUCAAGCAUGAUAUUAUAGAGCCCUACAUGGAUAAUCUAUCAUACACAUUUAAAUCUCGAUUGAAUUUGAAAACGUAUAGCCUUGCAAGUUUUAUCAUUGUUGUUGAGUUACUUUUACUAAUGUGUCAAACUUAUCAACAAUCAAUAUGGUGGUUUGAUAUAAUUGAAAAAUACUUGCAUAAAUUAAUCGUCGACUUUGAUACAUCGAUGACAAAUACAACCUACUCAGUAAUCAAGGCCCUCUUCUUAGAAAGAUUGGGAUAUAAUAGUGGUCGGUACUUCAUCACCUCAGGAAAAUACAUUACUAAUUUAGACAAUAAAGCAGCCGACGAGGAACCACUUGAAGAAGGAAUGUAUGCUAAUAAACUCAAACUUCCAUCAACUAAAUCAUCAAUGGGGUUGACGAAAUUUAGAACGUCGGCAUUGUGGUAUUUGUUAUCAAUGAACGAAUGGUUUGAUGCUAAAUCCAAACUGCAAAUUGAUCGACUUUUGCCUAAUGUAAUGGAAGUUUAUGAAGAUGGUGAUGUUGAUGAUGGAGAGAAUAAUAAUGAGGAUAAUGAGGAUAACGAGGAUAAAAAGGAAGAGUUGUGGUUCAAUAGAAAGAAUUAUCUAUUGAAUAGAAUUAGAGACGUAUAG